AUGGGCUCAGACACAAAGCUCAUCGGUAUGCACGAAGCUCAUGACGAGGUUCUACAGUACACAUGCUCAUCUUCUUGACUGGCAGCCCUGAGCGCCUCCAUCGUGCCAGCUCGCACACGCAAGGCUGAUUGCGCUCGCUGCGGUCGAGCUCGAGGCGGUCUGCAAAGCAAGGUCGCCAAGACUGCUAUUCGGGCUCCGAACCAUACAGGUAGUCGCUACGGCACAUCAGACCGCCAUGAUGUAAUGGAAUGUAACCAGGAAACUCUGAAUCAGGCAGCCAGCGCUUUGCCUAGAUGA